AUGAGGGAGAAGACGGAGCAGCACCUGACCAUCGAGGACAUGCAGCCUGCUACUUUCAGGACACUGUUGCGUUUCAUCUACACCGACUCGUUGCCCACCAUUAGCAGCCAAGAUGAAGAUGACCGGAGAGAGACGAUCUGUCAUUUCCUUGCGGCGGCGGAUCGGUACGGCAUGGAGAGAUUGAAGACGAUCUGCCGGGGCAUCCUCUGCAGGACUCUCACAGCGCAUACUGUGGCGGCGAUGCUGGCACUUGCCGAUCAGCACCAUUGCGAUGUGCUUAAAGAUGCUUGCAUGGAGUUUAUCUUCUCUCCUAACAGGCUUGGAGAUGUUGUGGAAAGUCAAGGGUACGCCAAACUCAAGACAAGCUGCCCAUCAGUUUUAGUGGAGAUAUUGGAGAGGUCAAGUAAGUUCUGA